UCGGCCUCCUGUGCUGAGUAAUGUAUUAUAAAAUAUGUAUAAUGCUGUAUGUAUGUGAUAAGAGUGCAACUGUGCAUACAUAAGUACUGUAACGCAGCCUUCUACUAACGCCUGGGAACACAUUUGUAUAAGACUGGGCACUAACCUACAAUGCGUGGAAGCAUGCAGUCACAGCGCAUCUUUCAAAUCUCCGAGCAGAUUUCGGAGAUGGUGAAGGACGUGGCUGAGAAUGAGGACAAUAUGGAUACAGUACUUACUGAGUACGCCAAUGAUAUAGUGUGCACACGCGAUGUGGAAAACAGGAAGCAGGUGUCAAUUGGUGGCUACGCGACACUCCAGGUCUCACUGCUGGUGAUCAAACAGCUCAAGAACAAAUACACAUACCUUUACGACUUUUUCCAGACGUAUGCACGGGAUUAUCCGUUGCUAUGGCAACAAGCGCAUAAGGCGCGUGCCCACAUCAUGAGUCUCAGUGGCCUGCUCAUCGCUGCCAUCGCUCUAAGAGAACAGGCCGAGGAUGAAGAUGAGCUGCGUUCGUUCUUCGUAAAGUAUGGGGACAACUUGCACUACGAGGACUUCUUCCAGGACGUAACUACCAUUGACGCGUUUCUGUCGGAGAUAUCUGAAUUGCACCAGGUC